AUGACGUCUCCACAGGACAACCAAUCGGAUAACAAGCCGACCGCCAAGCUCACUCCAUUUACAUAUGAAAACGAUGUGUAUCAGGCCGGUCGCAAGGGCCAGAAACCCUCGAUCACCUUCAACUGCUUCGAGUGGGAAACCCUAGCCAAAGGUCGCCUCUCGGCAGAUUCAUACGGAUAUGUUUGGGGGUCCGCCGGAACCCGUGAAACGGACGACAACAACAAGAAAGCCUUCAAAAAAUGGGGGAUCGUGCCGUCACGUAUGGUCAAGAGCGACUUCCCGGACCUAAAAACCAAGCUUUUUGGCGAGACGUACGAUUAUCCGAUUGCAAUGGCACCGGUGGGCGUGCAGCGGAUUUUCCACCCGGAUGGGGAGACGGCGAGUGCAAAGGCUGCUGAGAAAGAAGAUGUCACCUACAUCCUCAGCACCGCAUCCGCCACGAACAUCGAAGAUGUUGCAAAGGCCAAUGGGGAUGGGUCUCGUUGGUACCAGCUCUACUGGCCUACGAAUGAGAACAAUGACAUCACGGUGAGCCUGUUGUCAAGAGCGAAGGCAGCGGGUUACAAGGUGUUGGUCGUCACCUUGGAUACGUACAUUCUUGGAUGGCGUCCUAGCGAUCUCAACAACGCCUACAAUCCUUUCAUUCGUCCAGACGACAUCGGUGUCGCAAUAGGAUUCUCUGACCCUGUAUACCGCCGCAAGUUUGAAAAAGAGCAUGGGAAACCCAUCGAGGAGGAUCUCGAAACUGCAGCCACAGAGUGGGCGCAUACCGUAUUCCCCGGUGUUAGUCACGGCUGGGAAGAUCUUAAAUUCCUUCAGGAGCAUUGGGAUGGUCCAAUUGUUCUGAAAGGAAUCCAGACGGUAGCGGACGCGAAGAAAGCUGUGGAAUGUGGUGUCCAAGGAAUUGUCGUCUCCAACCAUGGCGGUCGACAACAAGAUGGAGGUAUUGCGUCUUUGGAUGUUUUGCCGGAGAUUGUGGACGCCGUGGGAGAUGAUUUGGAAAUUAUCUUUGACUCGGGUGUGCGCUGCGGUGCUGAUAUCCUAAGGGCGUUAGCGCUUGGUGCAAAGAUGGUCCUGAUUGGUCGUCCAUACAUCUAUGGGUUGGCCAUUCAAGGUGAGGCGGGAGUACGCCAUGUGCUGAAGAGUCUCCUAGGAGAUCUUAACCUGACCCUCCACCUGUCAGGAAUCAAGUCGGUAUCUCCUGAGCAUCUUAAUCGAUCAGUACUGCGUCGGACUGAUAACUAG